AUCUUUGCCAGAGGUACUCGAUAGUUUCCUCUUACCACCAUGCGGAUUGAAAAGUGUUAUUUCUGUUCGACUAGCGUAUAUCCAGGACAUGGGUCUGCGUUUGUUCGAAACGAUGCCAAGGUUUUCAGAUUCUGCACUUCGAAGUGCCAUAAGAACUUCAAGAUGAAGCGGAACCCACGCAAAGUACGGUGGACGAAGGCGUUUAGGAAGGCUGCGGGCAAGGAAAUGACGAUUGACUCCACCAUCGACUUUGAGAAGCGACGAAACGUACCAGUGCGCUACGACAGAGAAUUGAUGAAGACCACGAUUACUGCCAUGAAGCGAGUCGGAGAAAUCAAACAGCGCAGAGAGCGGGCAUUCUGGAAGAGCAGAAUGGCUGCCAGCCGAGAAAAACAAAAGGCUCACCGCAAAAAGACUAUGGAAGCAGCCAAACUGUCAUCUUCCGCCCUGGUCGAACCCGUGGCUAUGGAAUCACCAGAAUCAUCAAAAAUACGGGAGAAAAUCAAGGUUCCUUCAAAGAGUCGGAGCGCUCUCAUACAGGGAGAGGGUCGGUCAAUGACCAUGGAUAUAGAUUGAUAG